AUUCUCUUUCCCUGAAUCCAAGCUCCACUUGUUUCUCUGCAAAAUCCGCCAUUCCCUCAUUCCUCUAUAUUUCCACCAAAAAAAGUGAUGUGCAUUUUUUCUGCUGCAAAUCUCUUCCGCCAUUUCUGAAAACUCCGUGUCUUUCUCUCUCUCUAAAAACUUUUUUCUCUCUCUACAAGUCCAAAUGGAUAACCCAUCGGAGGAUUCCUCGGAUUCUCCUCAACAGCAGCCCGAAUCUCCUGUAAACGAUGACCAACGUGUUUAUUUCGUUCCUUACAGGUGGUGGAAGGAAGCACAGGAGUCAGCACCAUCAGAUGGGAAGUCAGCGACUUUGUACGCAGCGGCACCAGCUCCAUCUUAUGGAGGGCCAAUGAAAAUCAUUAACAACAUAUUUAGCCCAGACGUCGCAUUUAACUUGAGGAGAGAGGAAGAAUCUUUAUCACAGAGUCAGGAGAAUGGUGAAGUUGGGGUAUCUGGUCGGGACUAUGCUUUGGUCCCUGGCGACAUUUGGCUGCAGGCACUCAAAUGGCACAGUAACUCUAAAGCUGCGGCUAAGAAUGGAAAAAGCUUUUCAGCUACAGAUGAGGAUAUUGCAGAUGUCUAUCCUUUACAGCUGAGGCUUUCUGUUUUGCGGGAAACCAGUUCCUUGGGAGUCAGGAUAAGCAAAAAGGACAAUACAGUUGAAUGCUUUAGAAGGGCCUGCAGAAUUUUUAGUGUCGACACAGAACCCUUACGGAUUUGGGAUUUAUCUGGGCGGACGGCAUUGUUUUUUUCAGAUGAAAACAAUAAGAUCCUCAAAGACUCUCAGAAACAGUCAGAGCAAGAUAUGCUCUUGGAGUUGCAGGUCUAUGGGUUAUCAGAUUCUGUUAAAAAUAAAGCGAAAAAAGAUGAGAUGUCAAUGCAAUACCCUAAUGGUUCUUCUUUUCUGAUGAAUGGUACUGGCAGUGGUAUAACCUCUAAUCUCACUCGGAGCAGUUCAUCAUUUUCUGGAGGUCCAUGUGAAGCUGGUACCUUGGGCUUGACUGGAUUGCAAAACCUAGGGAACACCUGUUUCAUGAACAGUGCUCUUCAGUGCCUUGCACAUACGCCAAAGCUUGUGGAUUACUUUCUCGGGGACUACAAGAGAGAAAUAAAUCAUGAUAACCCAUUGGGAAUGAAUGGUGAAAUUGCAUCUGCUUUUGGUGACCUUUUGAAGAAAUUAUGGGCUCCUGGAGCGACUCCUGUGGCACCUAGAACAUUCAAAUUAAAGCUUGCUCAUUUUGCUCCUCAAUUCAGCGGCUUUAAUCAGCAUGAUUCUCAGGAGCUCCUAGCUUUUCUAUUGGAUGGACUCCACGAAGAUUUGAACCGUGUCAAGAAUAAACCUUAUGUUGAAGCUAAGGAUGGAGAUGAUCGUCCAGAUGAAGAAAUUGCUGAUGAAUACUGGAAUAAUCAUCUGGCUCGUAAUGAUUCCAUCAUAGUGGACGUUUGCCAGGGUCAAUAUCGUUCCACAUUGGUCUGUCCUGUUUGCAAAAAGGUCUCCAUCAUGUUUGAUCCUUUCAUGUAUUUGUCACUGCCUCUUCCAUCUACAUCUAUGAGGUCAAUGACCGUCACAGUUAUAAAAAAUGGCAGUGAUAUUCAGAUAUCUGACUUUACAAUCACUGUUCCCAAGGAUGGAAAACUUGAAGAUCUUAUUCGUGCUUUAAGCACUGCAUGCUCUUUGGACGCUGAUGAGACCCUUUUGGUGGCUGAGAUAUACAACAACCGCAUUAUACGUUAUCUUGAGGAGCCAGCCGAUUCAUUAUCCUUAAUAAGAGAUGGUGACCGACUUGUUGCUUAUCAGUUGCACAAGGGUACUGAAGAAGCCCCCUUGGUUGUGUUUACACAUCAACAGAUUGAUGAGCAUUACAUAUACGGAAAGCUGACCUCAAAUAUGAAGACAUUUGGCAUUCCGCUUGCCGCGCAUAGUAGAGUUCUUACAGGAUCUGAUAUCCGUAGUCUUUAUCUACAGAUACUUACACCAUUCUUAGUCCACAAUACAGCCCAAGCAGAUAAUCUUAACUGUGAUAGAAGUGCUACUGAAGUAUGUACAGAUUCAGAAGUCAGCACAGACAUGGAACCUGGCAACUCAAUAGUAAAUGGGAUUCCAGAAAGCAUUGCUGAAGAAGAUACUGCCGAACCUUUAGACAUGGAAUUUCAAUUUUACCUAUCAGAUGAUAAGGCAACCUUUAAAGGCUCCGAGAUUGUAAUGAAUGAGCGAUUACAGUCCACAGAUAUCUCUGGACGGUUAAAUAUACUUGUAAGUUGGUCACCUAAAAUGCUUGAACAGUACAAUACAGGCCUUUUCAGCUCACUGCCAGAAGUUUUUAAAUCUGGGUUUUUUGCCAAAAGACCACAAGAAUCUGUCUCUCUGUAUAAAUGUCUUGAGGCAUUUCUGAAGGAAGAGCCUCUAGGGCCAGAAGAUAUGUGGUAUUGCCCUGCAUGCAAGCAGCAUCGCCAAGCUACUAAAAAGUUGGAUCUUUGGAGGCUGCCGGAGAUUCUGGUCAUCCACCUGAAGAGGUUCUCGUACAACCGGUUUCUGAAGAACAAGUUGGAGACGUAUGUUGACUUCCCAACUCAUGAUCUUGAUUUAUCCUCAUAUUUGGCCUACAAGGAUGGCAAAUCUUCCUAUCGGUAUAUGCUUUAUGCAAUUAGCAACCAUUAUGGAAGCAUGGGAGGGGGUCACUACACUGCGUUUGUUCAUCAAGGUGCUGAUCGGUGGUAUGACUUCGAUGACAGCCAUGUGUAUCCCAUCAGCCAGGACAAGCUCAAAACCUCGGCUGCCUAUGUCCUAUUUUAUAGACGAGUUGAAGAAAUCUAACAUUAGAUGAUAGUUGUUACAGUACUAAACAUCAAGGCUUGAUUUAUCUUUUCUCAAGCCUUACAGGAAUAGCAUUGAUGAGAGCAUUCUUUGACCUUCGCAUCACCUAGUUUAGUUGUAAUUUUGGGUCAAGAAGAAUCUAGUGGUGUGGCGAUAAGGAUUAUGUAGCAUCCCAGCUAAGAGGGAAAGAAAUUAAGGUUUUUACUUACAUAGCCGUUUUUUAUAGAAGAUAUUUUCUUUUAUUAUCCCUAGCAGAUCAGAAAAUAGCCUGGAACAGAAAUUGCUUAUGCACUUGCUGUAAUUAGAGUUUUGAGGAGAGAAGACAAAACGUUAAGGUGUUUUCUGAGAUGAAUUAAGGAACAUUAUUUGAUAGAAAUUAAAUUAAUUUCGUUUUUGCA